AUGUCGGCCUCCGCCUGCGACCCGAUCCUCACAAAGCAGGAGAGCGUGGGCCGGAGGAGGGGUGCGGGAACGGCCGAAGGGGCCGGGUGUGCCGCGGAGAUGGCCGUGUCGGAGCCGGGGGGCAGCGCCGCGGGAUCAGUAACAUUCAAAGAUGUGACUAUGGCUUUUACCCAGAAGGAAUGGGAGCAACUAGAUCCUGCCCAGAGGAACCUGUAUAAGGAUGUGAUGCUGGAGAACUACAGCAACCUUGCCUCAAUGGGUUAUCAAGCUCCCAAACCAGACAUGAUCUCCAAGUUGGAAAAAGGAGAAGAGCCAUGGUUGGGGAAGGGCAAAAAACCUAGACAAGGUGGUCCCAGUGAAAUAGCAAGACCCAAGCAAAUAGGAACCAAUGGAAAAGAAGUCCAGCAAGAGAACGACCAGCUAGCGAAUCACCAGGAAUCUCAAAACAAACUCCUUAGGGAAGUUGCAUUCAAGAAAAAAAGUCUGACUAAGAAGAAAGGCCAUGAAUGUAGCUCAUUGGGGGAAAUAAAUGUGAGUACAAAACAUGUUCCUUCAAAAAGAAAGCUUAAAUUUGAUUCACAUGGAAAGAGUUUGAAACAGAAUUUAGACUUACUUGGUCAUAUAAGAAACUAUGCAAAAAAGAAACCUAAUGUAACUAAAGAGCACAAGAAAUCUUUCAGCCAUAGCUUACCUGAUACAAAGAAAAACAAAAAUCAAACUGGAAAGAAACAGAAAUUAUCCAACCAUAGUUUAUCUAAUAAGCAUGACAAAACUCAAACUGGCAAGAAACAUGAGAAAUUAUCUCAUCAUAGCUCAUCCCGUACUAAAUGCGACAAAAUUCAAACUGGAAAGAAACAUGAGAAAUCAUCCAGCCGUAGCUCAUCUACUAAGUGUGACAAAACUCAAGCUAAAGCCAAACCCUAUGAAUGUAAUCAAUGUGGAAAGGUUCUCAGUCACAAGCAAGGACUCACUGACCAUCAGAGAAUUCAUACUGGGGAGAAACCAUAUGAAUGCGAUGAAUGUGGGAUAGCCUUUAGCCAAAAGUCACACCUCGUUGUGCAUCAGAGAACUCACACUGGAGAAAAGCCAUAUGAGUGUACUCAGUGUGGGAAAGCCCACAGUCAUAAACAUGCCCUCACUGACCAUCUGAGAGUUCAUACUGGGGAAAAGCCCUAUAAAUGUACUGAGUGUGGGAAAACCUUUAGACACAGCUCAAACCUUAUUCAACAUGUAAGAUCUCAUACAGGUGAGAAGCCCUAUGAAUGUAAGGAAUGUGGAAAAUCCUUUAGGUAUAACUCAUCUCUUACAGAACAUGUGAGGACUCAUACAGGUGAAAUACCAUAUGAAUGUCAUGAAUGUGGAAAGGCUUUUAAGUAUAGCUCGUCCCUUACUAAACAUAUGAGAAUUCAUACAGGCGAGAAGCCCUUUGAAUGUAAUGAAUGUGGGAAAGCUUUCAGCAAGAAGUCACACCUCAUUAUACAUCAAAGAACUCAUACUAAGGAGAAACCCUACAAAUGUAAUGAAUGUGGAAAAGCAUUUGGGCAUAGCUCAUCUCUUACUUACCACACGAGAACUCAUACAGGUGAAAGUCCUUUUGAAUGUAACCAAUGUGGAAAGGCCUUCAAACAAAUUGAAGGUCUUACUCAACAUCAGAGAGUUCAUACUGGGGAAAAACCCUAUGAAUGUAAUGAAUGUGGGAAAGCUUUUAGCCAAAAGUCACAUCUCAUUGUACAUCAGAGGACUCAUACUGGGGAGAAACCUUUUGAAUGUAAUGAAUGUGGAAAAGCUUUCAAUGUAAAGUCACAACUUGUUAUACAUCAGAGAUCCCACACUGGAGAGAAACCCUAUGAAUGUAAUGAAUGUGGGAAAGCUUUCAAACAAAAUGCAUCCCUUACCAAACAUGUGAAAACUCAUUCAGAAGAAAAAUCUCAGUGAAAUUAAUGUGGGAAAACCUUUUAACUAGAGGUUUUAUUUAACCUUAGAAGAAGUCUGAAUUUUAAGGAUGUUAGAAAGCCUUUAAUAAGAAGUCACACCUCGUUACAUACGAGGGAAUUUGAAAAUGAAUCUUACAGGGAAGCAAUGGAUGGAGAGUUUAAACUUGAUACCAACCUUUUAUAGAAAAUACUGUUUUAAAAGUACUCAAUUAUUAAUUAUUUAUGUGUUCAGACCAAAAUAUAAAGCUUUUAAAAAUGUUAAUAAGCUGAAAAAUCAGAGCAGUAGAGAAGCAAAUUACAUAUGCUGAAUUCCUGAGUUGCUUGAGUUUUGUGUACUUAAGCACCGCAUAUGAGAAUUGAAUUUGCAUAUCUGUUAAUUUCCAUGUAUAAAUGUAUGUGGCCACUGGUAUGAGCCUGAUCUUUGAUAUUAUCACCUCUCUCUUUCUUAAUGUCUUUGUUAGCUUCUGCAUCAGCUGCAAACUUCCUAAAGGUUAUUUAUGUAAAAAAUAUUAACAGAAAAUUAAGAGAAAAAAUGAAAGCAGCUGAGGAUGCACAGGUGCUGGUGGGGAAUGAUGUCCAAGAUACAUCGUUAAGUGAAAAAAGCAGAUUGCUGAACUGUGUGUAUAGUAUGUUCCCACUUUUGUACAAAAGGGUGUGCAUUUGCCUGUCUCUGUGUGUGUAUAUAUGUAUGUGUGUAUAUAUGUAUAUGUAUUUGUAUGUAAAUAGACUUGGUUUGAAAAAAUAUAUAAGAAACCUUAUAGUGGUUUCUAUGAGCACAGGAGUACAGGAAUGGGAGCUGGGACUGGAGGGAGACCUCCUUUUUAUUAUAUCCUGUAUACGAAUUUUUGAACAAUUGAAAUGUAUUAUUUUCACAACUAAAGUCCUUUUAAUAUGCAUACAUCAACACUGAUUAAAAUUUUCACUGAGCCCACUCCAUGGUGUUGUUUACAAAGUAAAAGUUUCUAGGAAGGGUGGUGAAUCUGAGGAUAUGGCAUUAAACUUGAUAUUGAAUUCACAAAGGCUUUUCCUAUCAAACACACGUCCUUUUAUUAAAAUAAUGAA